AUUUUUGUUUUUUUAGUUUUAUGAUAAUUUAUAUGUAGUGUGAAAGAUAUAUAAACCAAGAAGGGUUUGUAGUUCAGUGAUAAGACUGCAAGUUCAACGGUGUUAAAUCUCUUUCACUAACAAUUUUGGUACAAAAAGGUUUAAGAAAAAAAAAGGGAGAAGAAAGUCAAAUUAUCGUUGGGUCUUUGCUUGAUGCGAGGCGUAGGUCAUGCGGCCUCGUGGACAAUAAUGCUUCACAAUGGCCACUUAUUUACAAAUUCAUUCUUUCUCUCUCUUUGAGAAGACAAAAUAUAUAAAAAAUUGUCAUAUAAAUUCGAUGAAAAAAUCCAGAGAAGAAGCACUUUGAGCGAGUAUCAUUUUAAUAAAAAUUAAAACUCUUAUUAUUAAUUAUUUUCUUGCUGGCUCGUGAACUAUAUUAAAGAAAAAUCAAGAAAAGCUCCUGAGUACUGGAAAAAAAAGCAGAGAGGAAAAAAGCAGAAGACGACUUUAUCUUUUUCUGGUUUUUGUUGUUCUUUGACUUUAUGGGCUCUUUUGUUUUAGAUUUAGGCACUUACGGAUCUGCUUAAAUCCUUGUGAUCUUGUUUCUUAAAUUUUCUGUUCACCCGUAAUUGCCGGAGGAUUCGAGUUUUGAAGCAGACCCAGAUUCUGUUCUACUUUUGCUGAGUUUCUGGAUUUGGUCGGAGAAGCUUAGGUUAGGUGGAUUUGUCUUUGAAGAUUCAUGUGAUUUAAGCUUCCUGCUUGUCUGAAAGUGAGUGGAAUCUCUCUCAUCACAACUCUCUUUGUUGGAUUUGUGCAUUUCUGGCUGUAAAGAAAGAGAAAUGUCGUUUAGGAGCAUUGUUCAAGAUUUGAGAGACGGGUUUGGGAGCUUGUCGAGGAGGAGUUUCGAUUUCAGGCUCUCGAGUCUCCACAAAGGGAAAUCUCAGGGAUCUUCUUUCCGCGAGUAUUCGUCUUCACGUGACCUCUUGUCACCUGUGAUAGUUCAGACAAGCAGAUGGGCUAACCUCCCACCGGAGCUACUCUUCGACGUGAUCAAAAGAUUAGAAGAGAGCGAGAGUAAUUGGCCUGCAAGAAAACAUGUCGUGGCCUGUGCUUCUGUUUGUCGGUCUUGGAGAGAUAUGUGCCAAGAGAUCGUCGUAUGUCCUGAAAUCUGCGGGAAGCUCACUUUCCCUGUUUCCCUCAAACAGCCAGGGCCUCGUGAUGCGAUGAUUCAGUGUUUCAUCAAAAGAGAUAAAUCAAAGCUAACUUUUCACCUUUUUCUUUGUUUAAGUCCUGCUCUUCUCGUGGAGAAUGGGAAGUUUCUUCUUUCGGCUAAACGAACUCGUAGAACGACUCGGACCGAGUACAUUAUCUCCAUGGAUGCUGAUAACAUCUCAAGAUCCAGCAACUCUUACCUCGGAAAGCUCAGAUCAAACUUUCUUGGGACAAAGUUCUUGGUGUACGACACACAACCACCACCAAACACAUCUUCAAGCGCACUCAUCACCGAUCGAACAAGCCGAAGCAGAUUUCACUCAAGAAGAGUUUCUCCCAAAGUCCCAUCGGGAAGCUACAACAUCGCUCAAAUCACCUACGAGCUCAACGUCUUAGGCACACGCGGGCCACGGAGAAUGCACUGCAUCAUGAACUCCAUCCCAACUUCAUCUCUCGAACCGGGAGGUUCCGUCCCUAACCAACCGGAGAAACUCCUCCCGCCGCCACCGCGCUCCCUCGACGACUCGUUCCGCAGCAACAUCUCCUUCUCCAAAUCGUCACUCGACCACCGCUCCAUGGACUUCAGCAGCUCUAGAUUCUCCGAGAUCGGAGUAUCAUCAUGCGAGGACGACCAACAAGAGGAGACGAGUUUCAGACCGUUGAUUCUAAAGAACAAGCAGCCGAGGUGGCACGAGCAGCUGCAAUGCUGGUGUUUGAAUUUCCGCGGACGCGUCACGGUCGCGUCGGUUAAGAAUUUCCAGCUCGUGGCGGCGAGACAGCCGCCUCCGACGGCGCAAGGGUCAGGCGGCGCGGCGGCUCCGCCGGCUCACCCGGAGCAAGAUAAAGUGAUUCUGCAGUUCGGUAAAGUUGGGAAAGAUAUGUUCACGAUGGAUUAUAGGUAUCCAUUGUCGGCGUUUCAAGCGUUUGCGAUUUGCUUAAGCAGCUUUGACACGAAGCUCGCUUUACAAACGAAAGAAAGCGAAAACAAAAUGACUAAAGGGUCAAAGCAAAGGUCGAAUCUCUGGCCGCCGGAAUCUGGAUCUACGGCGUUUCGAGGUUUCGCAGCCGCCGCAUCCGUACACGCUUGCCACCAUGUUAGCCGUCACCUCCGCCUUGGCUUCCAUCUUCGCUCUUCCCUUCAGAAACUGCAGAAAUUUUCUGAUGCUGCACGAAUGGAGUUCACAAGAUACCAAAGAGUCAUUCUUCUCAAUGGGGCUAGUUUUCUCCAGUCUAGAGUUGAUAUCCGGUUUUCUCCAUCUUCGUCGUCAUCCAUCUGUUUCUUUAGUGGAGGAGAGAGUAGGAUUGGCCCUAGAGGCGAGGAAGGAUCAUCAUCGAACCAGGAGACCUCCAAGAGAAACACAUUUAACGGACGGAGAUGGACCAAUGUCCUCCUUGCCAUUAACGUAAUAAUGUAUAUUGCACAAGUUGCAUCCAGUGGGAAAGUGCUGACAUGGGGAGCCAAGGUGAACAGCUUAAUCGAUAGAGGUCAGCUAUGGAGACUGGCUACGUGUUCUGUUCUUCAUGCGAAUCCUAUGCAUCUCAUGAUAAAUUGCUACUCUCUGAAUUCCAUUGGACCAACCGCUGAGAGUUUAGGUGGCCCAAAGAGAUUCCUUGCCGUUUACUUGACAUCCGCCAUUGCAAGUUCAACAAUGAGCUACUUGUUCAACAAAGCGCCAUCAGUUGGUGCUUCCGGUGCGAUUUUCGGAUUGGUUGGCUCGGUUGCUGUAUUUGUCAUAAGACACAAAAGGAUGGUCAGAGGUGGCAAUGAAGAUCUAAGGCAGAUAGCUCAAGUUAUAGCACUAAACAUGGCAUUGGGUCUAGUGUCCAGAGGCAUAGAUAACUGGGGACAUAUUGGUGGGUUGCUUGGUGGAACUGCAAUGGCAUGGCUUGUAGGACCACAGUGGAAGUAUGAGUACACAACAAGAGACGGUCGCAGAGUCUUCAUGGACAGUGCUCCUAUUCCCCUCCUUUUGCGGUGGAGAAACCAACAGCGACGGCUUUGAUUCGAGACCAACGAAGAUGAUGGACACACACACUCUCUCUCUCUCUCUCUCAAGUCUCAGUGCCGUGUGAAUAUAGAGAUUAAAUGUAUUUUGAAAGAUUUGAUUCUUGAUUAAAGAAGCAAGUCUCAACUCUUAACAUCUCAUAUUUAUUAUGAUUAACGGUAACUUCCUAAACCAUGUUUUCUUGUUAUACCGUAACUCACAUUACUUAGAGCGUUUUUUCCCCACUAUGAUUGAAACUUCUCUAAAUCGAACACAUCUUUCA